UUUCCGUUGACGGAUUUAAAUGCUAGGGGCACCGCUUCUCUGAAGGGACGCUGAAACGGUUCCUGAUCGUUAGGCAGGUAACCACAGAAAGUAUUAUCUUUACAAGAAUGCCAGGUGUACCAGGUGUUAAGAAUACAGAGUAAUUACAGUCAAACACUAGCCAUGUCUUCGGCCAAGGAAGACACGUUAUCCCCAGAUGAGCUGAGGAAAAGACUCUAUCAAACUUUCAAAAGCAAAGGAGUGCUUGAUACACUCAAAACGCAGCUGCGGAAUCAGCUCAUCCAGGAGUUGAAACACCCUCCUCUGACUGGAGGAGAACCAGUUCCCAGACCAGUACACGUGAAAUCGGAACCCCUUUUGGUCUCGGCCUGUAACAGCAUAGUGGCCGAUCAUCUCCGCAGCUCAGGGUACGAGUACACCCUCUCUGUGUUCUACCCUGAGAGUGGCCUAUGCAAAGACAAGGUUGUCAUGACAGGAGACCUUCUUCAGCUUCUUAGAAUUAAUCCUGAAUCAGCGCUUCACCGAUCCCUGUCUUCAAACAAAGGCAACAGUGAUAAAGGGUUCCUGAUCGGCCUCCUGAAACAGCUAACACAUCAUUAUACUCACAGCCGGUGCCAUGAUGCUGACACUCAGACAACCAGCACAGCAAGUUAUGGAGAGUCUCUCGUCGAGAAGAUGAAAAUAAUCGACGAGGAAUAUGAAAGCUCCAAAUACAGCGGGGACAAAUGGUUUUCAUUCCAAUCAAAACUGGAUGCAUAUAGGAAAGAAACUGAAGCGCAGAUGCAAGCAGAAAUGAACACAAAGAUGCAACAUUUUAAAGAUGUGGAAAUUGCAACGGUGAGGAUGGAAGAAAAAGCAACAUUUCAUAAAGAAUUUGAUAAGCUGAAGCACGAGCUGGAGAGGACCUACGAGAUGAAGGCAAAGGCGUUGAUGGAGCGAGAGAAAAACGCCAUUGAUCGAUUACAAAAACAACAAGAGAUUGAAGAAAGAAAUAUGUACAUGCAGAGACAAUCGGUCCUGAAAGAAAUUGAAACGGUGCGAAACAGAGAGAAUGAGCUGAGGAUGAGAAUGGAGGCUUUUGAAAAGACAUGUCAAAUUCAUGAGGAGAAGGUCAGGACCUCCGAGGAGCUGCUGAGGAGGAGAGAACUGGCAGUGAAGACUAUGGAGGACACAUACGACCAAAGCCUGAAGAAUGAACUUUCCAGAUAUCAGCUUGAGUUGAAGGAUGAAUUCAUCAAGAGAACAGAAAAACUAACGGAGAAUGAGAACAGGAACAAAGUGGAAACUGUCCGUAUCCAAAAGGAGUCGGCUGUAAUUAAUGGCAAGUUAGAGGAGCACAGCAGAGCCUGUUCAGAGCUGAGACGGCUACAGUUUGAGCUAGACACGGCGCAGCAGCAGAUUUCUCUGCUGACUCAGCAGAAGGAGCUGUUAAGAGAAAGACUGGAGACCACGAGCGACUACCCCAGCGUGAAGAGGGAGAAAGCCGAGCUGCAGGGGCAGCAGCGACUGCUAAAGAAACAGCUGGAGGAGGCCCAAGAGGAGAACCGGCUUCUCCAUGCAGAUUUGAGCAAGCCGUCCAAGGAGCAGUUGUCCUUGCAGAUGGAGCUACGGAGGCUGCAGAGCGCUCGCAGUCUGGAUGAGGAAGAGUUUGACAACCAGAAACAGGCGCUUCAGGCACAGCUCCAGAGUGAGGUGGAGCGGUGUGUUCAGUUCAAGGCUCAGUUGAUGGAGUGUGAGGAGAGGUCACAGUGGAUGACUAACCACAUUGAGGAAAUUAAGAUGCAGCUUCGCCAAACUCAACAAGCUCUUGAAAAUGAAGUGCUGCGUAACCCCAAGCCGUCUCUUGUCGAUCGCUCGGUACUGGAGCUCAGCGCUGACAAGCUCGUUCCCCCUGACAUCUAUAUGGACAGAGCUCUGCUGAGGGCCACAGUAGGUUAUGAUGAUGUUUGUGAAGCAGGGGGGCCCUUGCGAGGACACACGUCGCCUUGGAGGGACUCUCCAGACUCCGACAUGGAGAUGGUGGCAGAGGCAAAGGCUCGGAUCCGGGAGCUGCAGAAGGAGGCUGAGACCUUGGAGGAAGCCUACAGGAGCUACCAUCAGAGGGCAGUGCGCUCCACCGUCUCACACAUGCUUCCCCCAGGACCUGUUUCCCCACAACGAGCACAUCCUUCACACCGUCCUGACUCUCCUUUAAGAAAACAAGCCGCUCACCAUUCACAUACACGCUCACCAAACAAAUCCAAGGCCUCGCAGAGACCGCUGUCUCCACGUAGCACCAGAGCCCUCUCCUCGGCACACUAUGACACAAGAACCGCACCACCCGCGCAACCAAGAGUGACCUUCUUGGAAGACCAUAGCCAACCCCAGUCCACAGUUUUCUCUGACCACAGUCUUCAUUCAUUGACUGAAAAUCUGUUUCUAAGAGACGGACACCCUCGGGAUGCAAACAGCCCUCCUUCCAGACGCCUGUCCUCCGCACCGCACUCGUCCUCCAGGAAAAAGCUUCAAAGAGAGAUUGCAGAAGAAGCAGUUGGGUCUCCGGUGGCGUUUCCAGAGUUGUCGUUUGACAGACGGCUCCCUCGUGCCCCCCACAACGAGGCGGCGACCACGGGUGACUUUUCCUCUGAGCUCAGUCCACCUCGCAGUCCUCAGCUCCAGAGCACAGCACGAGACCAGUCCAGUCCACCAAAGUUGCACCCCGUGUUCUCCAGCUCCGAGUCGUCCCCACAGCCGGAAAAAAUAAGCCUAGAAGAUCUCACAGGGAUUUUGUCAGAGACCGGCCACAUUCCAGAGCUUCUCCUGGACACUGCCAUCCCUCUCUGUGAGGAGGCCCCUGACAGCCCCGCUGUCCCCCGCCCACAGGACCUCCCAGAAGACCCAAUGGACUUGCAGGGCCAUGCGGAAGUCCCACAAGCCUCAGGUGAAUGUGCUAGGGAAGAAGAUGAGGAGGAUGAGGAGCAGAGGUGGGAAAGGGAGCGAAAGGAAAGACUAGAAAAAAGGCAAAGGGAGCAAGAGGAAGCCAGAGAGCGGGAGCUGCAAGAACUUGAAAGACUGGAGAAAGAGAUGCUUUUGCAAGAGAUGGAGCAACCAGGACUGGGAAAAGAAGAGGAAGAAGAAACUGAACUUAAGAAAAGAGACGAAGAGCAGACGCAAGAGGCAGAUAAUGACGAGGAGGAGUCUAAAGGUGGAAAUCCAUUAGAGAAAUACAUGAAGCUGGUCCUGGAAGCCAGAGAGAAGCAGCAUGUACAGAGCCCUGGAGGAGAAGAAGCAGGACAUACGAGCCCAGAGGCUAAGAGUUUGUCCGAGGAGAAAGAUAACAGCGUGGCAGCAUAUUCACACAAGGAUGAAGAUGAUGAUUUCUGGUGAGCUGCUUGUUCCAGAGUGCCGUCAUAAACUGACGAAUCAUACAAGCCUCUGCAGUCUUGUACUGUUUUUAACACGUGUGAAGCAUUUAUUGUUUAUUUUAAUAUUUUGCUUUUCAGUAUGUACAGUGUAUUUGUCACAAUAUGUAUACCAACUCUAUACAGUAUGUUUGAAUAAAUCAUAUUGGAUUUUUUUUUAAUUUAAUUUCAUUUAUUUGGAUUUACUAUACACCCUCAAAACAAGAUCUUUCUAUCACACAUAAGAAACAACAUCACAACAGAGUAUUUUUAUUUUUUUAUUCAUAAAAACAGUCAACAGGCCAGUUGAGUAAUGUCAUGAAGGGGUUUUCAGUCAGACAGGAUGCUGGAUUGUUGUCCUCCUGGUGAUUGAUAGGUAGCCUUUAUUCUUUAGUUUUUGGUUUAUUCAACAGGAAACACAGCACACGAAGAUGAGAUGUACAUUCGCUUCAUGUACAUCUCACUUCUUUCUCCUUGGCCACUGUGCACCUGUGGCUAUUAGUCCUGCAGAGAACUAUGCAGGUUCUGUCCACCAACAUCUCCCAGAUACUGAGUAAAACUCAAUGGCAUUCAUACUUUGGCUAAAUUUACCAUUUAGGUUGCCGUACAAUUUUAUAAAUGACUGGUGUUGCAACUAAUUGUUAUUUGAAAGGUGAAUUAAAAGUUCAGCAUCAGCAAUUCACGAGGAAGCCCUUGACAUUCAUAGAAAAUACAGGUAUACUAUGAGGCAACAAAAUAAUAUAAGACUCAUAUACCUUCACUUGAAGAAAAAGGAAGCACUAUAACUAAUUAUACAUAAAAAUGGAUUAAUUUGUAUGCAGAAUAAAAAGGAAACAGGCAAACACUGCCUACUACUGAUGUCAGUAUACAUGACUGCACAUCACAUAUCACUGCAGAAACGGCUGUCUUCAUGCAACAAAGAAACCAGUAACUCAUCUAAUAGAAACAAAAGAUUACAUGAGUAAUUAUGUCAGCAUUAUGACAUUUGCACAUCAAAACAGGUGCAAUAAUAGAAAAUUAAGAACAAAAAUUAAGUAAUUAUAUCUUUCAAAAUAAGAAAAACGCACUAAGAAUCCUGACUUGUAACAAGUUAACAUUUGAACUUGUUACAAACUAAAAGGCUGCCUUGAUCUUUUCCCAUUUGCAUUAAUGAAUAUACAUGGUCCAAACUUUAAAGAUAUUGAAUAUGCUUUUGUCUGAUUAUUGGCUACAGUUCACAUUUAGCAAGCAUGGCAUUAUCUGUAAAGGUUAAAUCUAAGAUACU